AAAAUAAAAAAUAGCUAUGCAUUCGUUACUAGAAAUUGAGGGCGUUGUAUCUAUAGUUAAUAAAAUCACUUGAAAACAAAAUAUACGAAAAAUAACUUAAACAUACGGAUUACUAAAAAUGAGAAAAAUGCAAUAACGGCAGCACCAACAUGGAAACCACAGUAAUAAAAUGAAAACGAGCUGUAAAGAAAUCGUUAACAAUAAACGAAUUAAACAUUGUCGUUUAUUCAAUGUGCAUACACCUAUGACCGCCUUUUAAUCCAUUUCCUAUCAUUUAACAAUUUGCACCAAAUAAAUUAAAACUACCGUUUUUUUCUAAUAAGCUAUAAAGCAUUAAAAGUAAUACAACGAUCCUUGAUAACAGGUAGGAAGAUACACCGAGUAAAUUAUCGCCAGCUAAUAAAGUGCUCCAAUACCAAAAUGGCAUAAGGUCGAGUUAAAGCAAUUCCAAAGUAAUGCAACACACAGUAUGUUUCAUGUACAAGGCCUUGUCUAAAAACAUGCCUACACUGUAUUAUUAGAAGCAACAUAAACUUACAUAGCAGUUAUAGUGAGUGAGUGUGAAUGCUCAGAAUGUAUAGAGCUGAACAAGUUACUUACAAGCAACAGAGCCCGAACAACAAAUGGUCCAACAAUCAAUAGCCGACCAAACGGUUCAUAUCUUAUCAAAGCCAAAAUACAUCAACCAACAUUAGCUGUGUCAGCAGCCAGCCGCCAGCCGCCAACUAAGCCAUCUAUACCAUUGCCGUCAGCCCGCCGCCAAAAAAAAAAAAUAAUAAUAAUCACAUAAAUACACAACAAGAGAGGUUAGAGAGGACACAUUAACUAGUUAAGUUUGCAAAACGCUUUAGCCAAUCAACCUUAUCAGGCAAACAACUAACCCGCCCAGGAAACAACACAAUUCGGUUCCAAACGCGGUGACGUAUUCCUAUUAAAAUGAAUGCCAGUCUCAUUUACGAAAUCCUCAUGUAUUUGAAUUCGUUUUACUUUGGAAUGUACGCCAUAUUUGAGAUUGGUGUCGGUGUACUGAAGGCAAUCGGAUUGAAUUAUACUGCGCAAGAUUUGACGCGAGAAGGGUGCAUAUUACUCGGAUUGUGCAUUGUGGAAACAAUACGAAUUGUAUUAGGUCGGAAGAGCAGUUUAAGCGAUCGAGGCUGGCAAGCAACAGCAUCCGUAAUAUUAACACUGCCCAGUCUUGCUCUUGUUAUCUAUUUAUGUCUUUUUCAAACCUAUGUUCUCAAACUCGAAUUGAUUCUGAGUGCCUUAAUGAUAGCCCUCCAAGGUGCUGAACUAGUGUAUGCCUGUGUCUUCAUUUGCACCAUGUUUGGCGACGUUUCGUAUACCUAGCAGUCGAUAAGAAUUUACAUUAAACUUGUAACGACGAACUUGGAACAAUUUCAUGUAUGUUUCGAUGCAUGAACAAGCAAUGUUAAUAAUUCAAUAUAAUGUUACUAAUACAAGAGUAAGGGCGAAUACGUACAACAGCCCGUUUUUGCUACAAAAUCGAAAACACAUAAAGAACGAAAGUGAAAAUACUGUCAACUUUUAGCGAAAAGCUCACAACGUUAAUCUUCAUGGCCGGAAUUCCAAGUAUAAGCAGAAGAAGUGUUGCAUUUCACCAAACGAAAAUAAUACACCAUUCAAGCAGUGAAGCCAACUCAACA